AUGUCGUCUCUUCUGAGGGAGGAGAUGCAAAGAGUUUUAUUCCGACCUGAAAAACAGAGACUGGUGGAGUUUAUUGAGAUCGACGAGGAGACCGACGGGAGAAGUUUUCUCUGUGUCUCAGUUUUAAAAAACAAAGUGGUGCAGUUAUGUAUAGUGCGAUGUCAGAUAUCUCAGCCGUCCAUCAAGUCUGGAUCCAAGAAGUCCCACACCAAACGCUCCAGCAUCCAGGAGUGCUACAGGAGGACGGAGGUCUGGACUCUGCAAGACCUGACUCUUGUUGAUGGACGGGACCCUGAUGUGGACGACCCUUGUUUCCUGCUGCACUUUGACAAGGUGCGUAUGGUGACGGCCGUCAGCUGCUCGGCCAAAUACUCGUUCGUGCGGGCCCUGGUCGUCCUCAGCGACCAGCACUGCCAGAGGUCACUGAACCUGCAGAACUUUGACUGGGCCUACAUCAAGCCCACCUCCUUCUACUCCAACCGAGGAGACUGUGUUGUCCUCACACAGAUCUGCUUCUACGCAUUCAAUUUGGUGUGUCUCUCCAUGUGUCCCGUGCCCAUGGACGUAUAA